AUGAAUCCCGAAUAGUGAGUCCUUGCAAUUCACCUCUCUCCCUGUGGCGUCACGAUUUUCGGGUCCUCAUUUCUGUCUAGAUAUAUAUUUGUACGUCGAUCCGCGUGAUUUCUGCAUUCGAUCCUGCAUGAUCUCCUAGGUUUUUCUUUUGCUGUGAGGCUUUUCGGUUGAUUAAUUAGAUCUUUUUCUUCCGUUUUAGGCUUAUUUUGCGCCCGAUUUUCUAUAUCGUGGACGACUAGAUCCGUUGCGUUCAUUCCAGAUCUGAAUGGUAAAUUGGGCGUUAUAUCUGAGUUGAACGUUUCUUUCCCAAAUUUGGACUUGCUUUAUUGCUGAAGAUUAGGUUUCUCAUCGUAAAGAUUUGGUUUUAAUUGGGAAAAACGUGCAUUUAUCUUAGAAUGACAAAUUUCUGUCGGAUGAUUACCAUUUUCUUACGUAGACGAGUUCUCUCAUUUAUCUUUGCCUUUGAUGGUGGGACAUACUGGGUCUAAUGUGCCUGCUGACUACCGGAUAUCCUAUUUCAUUUGCACACUCUUAUGAAUCUUGAUCAGUCUGGCUCAAACUCCAUAGAAAUUAGAAACUUUUCUGUCCACAGCUAGGAGUUUUGUAAGCGUUUUAUUAUCCAUUGGCUGCGUAUUAUAUUUUUGUGGUGAUGAGAUUAAUGCCUUACUCUUGAGGUUACUAGAUACUUUUCAAUAAUUAUGUUCUUUACUGCAAAAGAGGAUUUUGAAGACAGAAUGAUAUAUGGAUUGGAAACUGUCAAAAUUAUGAAGUUCCUACAUCCGCAGUGCAGAACAUUCUGCUAGCAUCUUUUUGAGCGUUAUCCAUCUAUUUUGGCAAAUGGUUUAAAAAAAAAAGCCGAGGAAAUAUUCCUUUUUUUCAUUCCUACCUUAGGUUAGACUUUUUCCUUAUGGCCUACUAUUUGGUUAUUGAUGAAAGGUAUAGGAAAGUAACAAGUGUUGGAAACAUGCAGGAAUAAGGGAUCAGGUUUUUUGUCCCGUAGCUCAAGAUGCAUUCUUUAAAAUUUUAUGAUUCUCCAUGGCAUUUCUCAUUGCAUUUAAAGGAAGUCAAUGUUGCUGGAACUUUGAAUUUGAUAAUACGAGGGCAUUGGGGACGUCCUCUUAGAUGGCAUGAUACCUUGUAUUUCUAGGAUUGAAUGCCAUGAGAUUUAUGCAGUAUAGUAUGGAGAUAUUUCUAACCCCUCUGGUGGAAAAAUAAGCAUUUCUGCAGUUGUAUUUUUGUUAAAUUAUAAUUCUUCUCAUGGUGAUCCUUCUAUGCAGUGAUUACUUGUUCAAGCUUCUGCUUAUUGGAGACUCUGGUGUUGGCAAAUCAUGCCUUCUAUUAAGAUUUGCGGUGAGCAAUUCGGUCCUUUCGAGGAUAUUUCUUGCUGAUGAACCUGAUUUCGCGUUCUGGAUGUGUAUGUGCAUAUGUUAUAUUUUGGGGUGAUUCCUAAAAUAAUUUUUCCUUGAUGACGUUUUCAUACACUUACAUUUUAUCUUCUGUUCGAGCACUUCAAACACAUAUAACCCUCAAAUUUAUAAUUAAUUUAGAAAGUUUUUUUGUUGACAAUGUCAUAAACGAAACCAAGAUCUUUCCCACUGUAAUGUCUUGUAAAGCUCUACAUAUCGUAUUGAUGACAAUGGCUUCGUAUAAAAAAAAUAAAAAAUGUGAAGCUAUUUUGAAGGGAAUACACCCAUUGCAGUCUCUAUUCAAACAUUUGCUUCCGUCCAUACAAGCUGGGAAAAAGAAGUUUCAUACUGCGUGUAUAGUCUACUUUUAAAAGUGACGUCGAUAUUUUCUUCAAUAGUUUGUUUAAUUAGAUUUCUCUUGACAUUUCAGACUUCAGUCACGUGUAACCCUAUACUGACCACAUUUCUUGUUUUAUUCAGGAUGAUUCCUACUUGGAGAGUUACAUCAGUACCAUUGGUGUCGAUUUUGUAAGUAGUAGUUACCCUUUUGUAUCAACAUUGGCGAAAGGUUACAAUACUGAUAUUGUUAUAAAAUAUAUAUAUAUUUUUUUGUAGAAAAUUCGCACUGUGGAGCAAGAUGGAAAGACCAUUAAGCUUCAGAUUGUGAGUGUCUAUAGUCAAAUCUAUUACGAUGCGUUGACCAUUUAAUUGACGUAUCAUUCGCCCAUCUGUGACAGUGGGAUACUGCCGGCCAAGAACGAUUCAGGACGAUAACUAGCAGCUACUACCGUGGCGCUCAUGGGAUUAUAGUUGAGUGUUGUUUCCAGAGCUCUGCGCUAUCCCUGUUUGGAGAUCAUUUUUCCUUCCUUUCAAUGACGUGAUGCGACUGUAACGUGCGAAUCGUUUCUGCAGAUCGUCUACGACGUGACCGACCAGGACAGCUUCAACAAUGUCAAGCAGUGGCUGAACGAGAUCGAUCGCUACGCAAGCGAAAAUGUCAACAAGCUCCUUGUUGGGAACAAGUGCGAUCUUACUGCGAACAAAGUCGUCUCCUCUGAGACCGCCAAGGUGUGGGGGUGUAGCUUUUCUCAGCUUUUAGCCUUGUUUUGCAAAAAAGAAACGGUCCACAAUGAUCUCUCUUCCUCAUUGCCGUGAUUCUCUACGCGGGGGGGGGGUGGGGAGAAAUGACUUUCAGCUUUGUAUGUAUGUAUGCAUGUUUCCAUCCGAAGGAGUGAAUCUUUUUUUGCUUCGAUGCGGCAGGCAUUUGCGGAUGAGAUCGGAAUCCCAUUCAUGGAGACGAGCGCGAAGAACGCCACCAACGUGGAGCAGGCCUUCAUGGCCAUGGCCGGCGCCAUCAAGAAUAGGUAACUUGGUUACAGCCGCCUUGCAUCAAGAACAGGGAGUGGGGGGAGGGGUCUUCCCCCCCUUCCUCUGUCUGCCUCUCUUUCUCUCACUUUCUCUUUCUCUCUCUCUCUAACUCUUGUGCCUAUCUUUUUCAGGAUGGCGAGCCAGCCGGCGAUGAACAGCGCGAGGCCGCCUACGGUGCAGAUCCGCGGGCAGCCCGUGAACCAGAAGAGCUCCUGCUGCUCCACUUGA